UCGAACGUAGUGCUUCAGCAUCCAGAAUAGUUUACGAAAAACACAAAUAAAUUCUAUGGCAUCAAGUGGUGCAUGAAUGAAAGUGGCCAAUUUCGUCCACCGUGACUUCCGUCAGGCACAUCCCGCUGUAAACAGAGCGCAAGUGACCAUAGAAUUUUCGCCAACCCGACGGACAACGCCAAGGCCCGGCAAUAAUGGGCGGGCAGAAAUUUCAAUACGAUGAAAGCGGUGGAACGUUUUUCUACUUUAUCCUAUCGUUCCUGGCGCUGAUCCUCAUACCGGCCACUUUCUACUUCUGGCCGCGCAAGAAAAAGGAAGAUCCAGUAUCAAAAGAUGAAAACUGCAAUUGCGAGAAUUGCCUUAAAAAGCGUGCCGCCAUGGAACAUUCGGAUCCGUACAAGGGCACGAAAGAGUUUCUGGUGAAGCUAGCAAUCGUAGCCGGAUGGGCGCUGCUAAUAUUCCUCACCUAUAAGGUGUCCCAGUUCGACUACGAGAUGUCCAACUUUGACCCGUACGAGAUCCUAGGCGUACCGCUCGGUACGUCCCAGAAGGACAUAAAGAAAGCGUACCGCACGUUAUCCGUGAUCUUACAUCCGGACAAGGAAACCGGCGACGAAAAGGCGUUCAUGAAGCUUACCAAAGCCUACCAGGCGCUGACGGACGACGAGGCACGCAAGAACUGGGAAAAGUAUGGCAAUCCGGACGGCCCGGGAGCCACCUCGUUCGGAAUUGCCCUCCCAUCCUGGAUCGUCGAGAAGGAAAACUCCGUGUGGGUGCUUGGACUUUACGCGCUCGUGUUCAUGGUCGCCCUACCGAUUGUGGUCGGCACGUGGUGGUACCGGUCAAUCCGCUAUAGUGGCGAUAAGGUGCUGCUCGAUACGACCAACAUGUACUGGUACUUUUUCCACAAGACGCCCCACAUGCAGGUGAAGCGUGUCAUCAUGAUCCUGGCGGCCAGCUUCGAGUUCGAGAAGCGCCACAACAAUCAGGUCAUCGAGCGGCAAUCGGACAACGAGGAAGUCCCGUCUCUAAUUCGCCAGCUACCGUAUCUGAACGAAAAGUGCAAGGAACUACCGUUUUCACGCAGCUAUUCGUUGAAAGCCCGUGCCAUUCUGCACGCACAUUUGACCCGAAUUCCGCUCAAGGAGAGUACGCUCGAGAUCGAUCGCCAGCUGAUUGUACGCAAAUGCCCCUACCUGAUUCAGGAAAUGGUUAGCUGUGUGAGCCAUCUCAUUAUGUUGGCCUACGCGAGGAAGAUUCAGAGGCUUCCAUCCAUUGAAACGAUCGAAAACUGUAUGAAAUUGUCCCCGAUGAUCAUGCAAGGGCUGUGGGAGUCGAAACAUCCACUGCUGCAGCUGCCACACAUGACGGAGGAACUGCGCACCCAUCUGUCGCGAAAGUACAAUGUCCGCAACAUGCAGCAGCUGGCCCAGCUGAAGCAGGAUAAGCGACGCUCGGUAAUGCGACACCUUACCGACGAGCAGUACAGCAACCUGGUGAAGGUACUCGGCCGGAUGCCGCUCAUUGACUUCAACAUGAAGUGUGAGGUGGUGGACGAUGAAAACUCAAACGUCGUGACGGCCGGAGCGAUCGUGACGGUUACGGUCGAGCUGGUGCGACGCAGCAUGUCGGAGCUGUUCGGCGACUCUACGGCCAAGGAGAAGCAAGGAAUUACCGAGAGCAACGACAACGGUGACGGUGGCGAAGGUGAUGCCGAUGGUGAGCUGGAAGGCACAGACGACCAGAAGCAGGACCUAAAGGUAAAGAAGCAGCCCACCUGGCAGCCAAAGACGGCGAAAGGGGCUCACAAAGGCAAGAGCAAGGCAGCCCAAAAGAACCGUCGGUUAGUAGCGGCUGCUCAGGCCGCAAAUGCAGCAGCGGCGGCGGCGGCGGCAGCAGCAGCUGCAGCAGCAGCCCAAGCGCAAGAAGAGAAGGAAAAGUCCGUAAAGAGUGGUGACGGAAAGGAACAUGGUGACGAGGCGGAAUCGGAUGCGGAAAGUGGUGCUGAAAGCGACAAUGAUGCGAGCGAGGCCGCAGCCGAUGAUGAUGAUGAGUGGGAAAAGUUCCAGCAAAAAAUCAACAAGCGAGAAAAACUAGAAGGACGUUCCAAAGUGUCUCAUCCCGUGCAUUGUCCACUGUUUCCUGAGGAAAAGCAUGAAUACUGGUGGACAUACAUUUGCGAUCGGAAAUCGCACACACUGCUCACGGUGCCGUAUCACGUGACGAACCUGAUCCACCGCGAAGAGGUACAGUUGAAGUUCACCGCGCCAAAGUGGGCCGGCAUGUACGUGUUUACCGUGUGCCUGCGGUCCGACUCGUACUUCGGCAUGGACCAGCAGCUCGACCUGAAGCUGGACGUCAAGGACCCGGCCGCCAUCCCGACCGAGCAUCCGCAGUGGGACAUUAGCGAAUCUGAAUCGGACCAUAACGAAAUGCAGGCGAACGAUAGCGAAUUUACCACCGACUCGUCGGACGGUGAAGACGAGGAGACGAGGAAACGGACAGACUGAGGGGGCUCGUUUCAGCGUCCGGCGGGUUUCAUCCAUCGCAUUUGAAUGGUGGUAUAUUUUUUUGGGCACUAUCUCGAGGCAUUGGGCUAAUGUUGGAAGAUUCGUCAAAAUACAUGUUUUGAAUGUCCUAAACGAAUACUUCAUUUUAGAAAAUAUACGUAAGCAUUCAACAGUUUUGGGCUGAAAUCAGUGUACGAAACAACGACAGACUUGGACAUAUAUAGGACAAAAAAAAAAACAUUGCAGGAUUUCGGAAAUCGCACACAAUCAAGUUUAUUUUAGUUAAUUAUUUCAAUUCAAUCUAGCCAAGCACGCUACUUUGCGUUGGCCACGUGUUGUCGUCAUAAUCCAUUCCUUUUGAAACUGUUUUCGUCAUUUCCCUAAAACAAAAGGAACAGUUACAGUUUGUUUGCAAAACAGCAUUUGUAAUUUGUAUUAACUCUCCUGCGCAAGGAAGGUGAAGAGAAAGAGCAAGUUGUGCCUGUUUGUGGAUGGACAAAACAAAAUUUUCUCGCUUUUUUAUUCUUUUUGCAUUAAAAAUUUAAAAAUUUAAAGAAAUCGAUCCUCUCUUUGUAUUGGCAAGUGAAAAUCAGCAGCACUGAGGGACAAAUGGACUGAAUGUUGAGAAAACACUAUCUGGAAGUGAAGCGGUUCGACGCAAAACUGAGGAAUUGGGAGGAAAAGAAGGUUGACAACGUAAAAGAUUGUUUAUAUUUGUGUUCCUCUGGAAUAAAAGAAGGUACGGUGAAAUUAUAGCACCCUUGGGUAGUAUGAAAUAUACAAAAAUGUGCAAACA